AAAUACACAUUAUUAUACAUACAUGAUUUUUUGAUCUAUAUUAGCCCCACCCAUUGUCAAUUAAUAAUAUUAUUUUAAACUAAUUAAUUAUCAUUAAUUGUCGUUGUUUAUUGCCUUCCUCUUUUGUCGUUUCAACUUUUUCUUUUUCUUGCGUCCUUGAAGAUCUUUUGUCCCUCUCUCCAGCUCCAGUCUCAUUGCUCUUGGUAGAGGAGUAGUCACAAUCUUCACAGUAUCAGGACUGACUUGAACAAAACGACAACCCUCCAUCUUAAACCUUUUAGAGGGCUCUUCUUUAAAAGGAACAUCCUCUGGAAGCGUGUCUUUAGGUAGCUGCUGGCACCAUCUAGUGAAUAAUGGGAUCCUGGGGUAGAGAUGCGCUCUUAUUAGAACUCGAAGCAUUGUAGUGAGCACACGUGAUAGCACGUGGGCGAGCCACACCUCCAAGAAGAUGGCGGCUAAUAGGAGAUUGAGAAUGAAGAAUAAGCAACUCCUCUCGUUUCUCCAGGAGAUGGACACGCUAGAGAGUGCGGGCUACCCCAGACAUGUAUGGGAUAUGGAGCAGUAUCCCACACCACCUGAUCUUGCCUCUGAGCUACUGAUAAGCUUGGAAUUAGCUGAAAGAGCAAUCGAAGGAAGAACUGUUAUUGAUUUAGGAUGUGGUUCUGGUAUACUAGGACUUGGUUGCUUGCUGCUAGGAGCUGAGAGAGUAACUGCGAUUGAUAUUGAUCCUAACUGCGUUAAGUUAACGCAAUCAAAUGCUAACGAUUUAGGAAUCAGCUCAGAUCAGCUUAGCGUGAUUCAGUGUGAUAUAAAGACGAUUGAUACUGAUAAAUUUGAUAGAGCUGAUACGGUGAUAAUGAAUCCGCCAUUUGGUACAAAAGAUCAAGAAGGCAUUGAUAGAAUAUUUGUUGAAAAAGGACUAGGAAUGGCCACUAAUGUCUACUCCCUUCAUAAAUCAAGCACAGUGGCCUACUGGAGGAAAGCAGCUGCUAAUGAGCUUCAUUGUAAUAUUAAGAUAAUAUCUGAGAUACAGUUCCCUAUUGAGAGACUAAUAAAGUAUCAUAAACACAAUAGGAAGGACAUUAGUGUUCAUGUUAUAAAAUUCAGUCAUUGAGAAUGUUAA